GCACGUCAGGCACGUAGCGUGUGCGUGCGAACGCUCAACGGAGGCGCGUUUGUUUCGCUUUGGCUUUGGGAGCGUGGAUGACUGCGCUACUGCUGCUGAGGCUGAUAAAAGUAUAGCGAUUUGAUAUAUCUGCAUUGCACAGAGACAAAGCCAAAGGUUGAGGACUGCCUAUAUUGCACAGGAUUUACAAAAUGUCCUCUGCUGAGCCUAUCAUCAGAUCAAGGCAGACAGAGAAAGAAGUCAAUGGUAUUUCAACACAGGUCGUCUGUACAGAGUUCAGUAAUUACAUAUUCAUUGUUAUCACACAGUAUGGCAAAAUCGGAACAUUGGUAUCUGUCACACCUGACUCCAGAUCCAAUGAUAUCAGCACUCCAACCUUUUCCACCAAAGUACUGCUGGGCAAAGAUGAGCCACUGACACAUGUCUGCGCCAAACACCUGGCGACAUUUGCAUCACAAGAAGCCAGCAACAGGCCUGUCUUAUUGGGACUAGCACUGAAGGACUCUUCCAUAGAGUCAAUAAAAGAAAUGAAAGAGAUCAUCAAAAGUUGUAAAGUUUGGUAGAAAGCCAACAAAUUGGACACAAAGCUUUUUGGACUUCCCCAAUGCCACCCUUAAUUUCAUUAUUAUAUUUUGUAAUGCAAAUAUUAGAAAUUGUGUCAUGAGAAUUUUGAAAUAAAUUCAGGUAUUUUCAAA